GCGGAAGUAGCGUGCGGAUUUCUUAGACUUUUCUACAGAUUCGUCGAUACAUAUUCAUUUACACUCACGAUGAAAGCUAGGAAAUCACGAGGGGAGAAAUUGGCCAGAUUUCGCCAAAGUGUUGAGCAAUUGUCUACCAAUACAGAGGAGGAUCCGCGAUUUCAAGAUGCCUCAGUCAAUAAAAAGUCCAGAAAAGAUCAGCGAAAAGAAGAUCGUAAAAUGAAAAAAGCUCGGAAAAAUGCAUUCAUGCAUAGAGAACCAAUGCCAGUUUUACACAAUGAUAAAAUUAUCUCCCCAAUUGAGCUUGAAAAAAUCAAUGAGAAAAAGCGAGAAAAGCGCAAAAAGGAGCGCACUCGACAGAAAGCCAAAAAAAUUCGACAGAAGGAAUCCGAAGCAAGAGAAGCUGAAGAGCUGAAAAAACAAGGGCUGAUUGAAGCCAAUAAACAAGAAGAUAAGGUGAUUAAACAGUUAGAAAAACAAAUGAAGUUAAAUAAAAGAAAGGGAAAAGGUCUACCAGCUUCCUUUAUAGAUGAUGGACUUGAUUUCAUCUUAGAUGCCUGUGACUCAGAAAAACUGACAGCUAUGUUAGAUGCAGAUGAUAUAGAUAGUGAUCUGGAUGUUGACCUUGAAAAUAAACUCCAGGAAUCAGAGGGUGAGUCAGAUGAUGAUAGGAAUGAAAGUGAUGACAAUGAAAGUGAUAAUAAUGAAAGUGAAAGUAAUGAAGAUGCAAGAAGUGAUAAUGAUGAAAGUGAAAGUAAUGCCAAUUCAGAUGAAAAUGAUGAAAGUGAAAAAGACAAUGAUUCUGAGGAAAACAUGAGUGAAAAUGAUUCAUCAGACAAUGACCCAGAAAAUGACACAAGUCAAACUAUUCCUAACAAGAAGCCAACAAAAACUAAAGCAUCUGUGAUGAAGGAGGACAUUUAUGGUCGAUUACGGGAUGUGGACGGCAAUCUUGUCACAGGGUCUACUACAAUAGCUGGAAGUUAUGUUCCCCCAGGAAAACGUCUCAAGUUGGAGGCUGACAACAACCAAGCAACAAACAUUAGACUCAAGAAGCAACUUAAAGGUCUUGUCAACAGAUUGAGUGAAGCUAACAUGCAGGGUAUUGGUGGCCAAAUUGAGGGCCUCUAUAGAGCCAACAGUAGGGCAUCUAUAAAUGAAACAUUGUUGGAGAUUGUACUUGAUGCCUGUAUUGGCCCCAGUCUGACCCCAGAGAGGCUUGCCAUGGAAAUGUGUAUGCUUGUAGCCUACCUUCACAUUACAGUUGGAAAUGAGCUUGCUGCUCUACUGCUCCAAAGUCUUGUGAAACAACUAGAUGAGCAAUUCCUAAAAUCAGAUGCCCAGAUAUCCCCAACAAAGGAGGUACAUAACAUGGUCAUCCUCCUGUGCCAUAUGUACAGCUUUGGACUUGUGGGCAAUGUCCUUGUGUAUGACCUCAUAAGAACCCUAACUGAGAGAUUCAACGAGAUAGACAUUGAAUUGGUACUACUGGUGAUGAAACAUGUUGGCUUUACCCUAAGGAAGGACGAUGCCAUGGCGUUGAAGGAGGUCAUGUUAAAGAUCCAAGUCAAAGUGAGCGAGGUGAAUCGGGAUGAUUUUCAGGAUAGAUCUAGAGUUGGUUUCAUGUUGGAGACCCUCCAAGCAAUUAAAAAUAACAACAUGAGAAAAAUCCCUAAUUAUGAUCCAAGCCAUAUGGAGCAUUUACGCAAGUUACUUCGCAAUUAUACUAAGGGGUCUUCGAGUAAUCCCUUGAGGAUUUCACUUGAAGAUCUUCGCAGUGCAGAAAACAAGGGCAAGUGGUGGGUUGUGGGGUCUGCCUGGGAGGGACGAGCUCAUGAUACAUCAACUGAAACUUCAGUGACACCUAUUGGUAGUCAAAUGAGCGAUAACAUACAAGAGUUGGCGCGGAAACUGCGCAUGAAUACAGAUGUGCGCAAAGGUAUCUUCUCUAUUAUAAUGACAAGUGAGGAUUACAUUGAUGCCUUCGAGAAGUUGUUACGUCUUGGACUGAAACAGCAACAGGAAAGUGAAAUAAUUCACGUCAUUGUAGAAUGUUGUUGUCAGGAAAAAAAAUACAAUCCAUACUAUGGGUACCUCUUGCAGAAAUUGUGCGAGUAUGACCGCAGAUUUAUGAUGACUUUUCAGUUCCAUAUGUGGGAUCGAUUUCAGACAAUAUCGGGCAUGUCUGAACAGAACCUUCACAAUUUGUCCACCAUUUUGACUCAUCUCCUAGCAACCAAAGCUGUGUCACUUUCUAUCUUUAAAGAGGUCGAAUUCGGUGAACUUCAGAAAGCCAUGGUGAAGUUCAUAAAGAUGGUCUGUACUAGCCUCCUUUUGAAUUAUGACAAUGACGUCAUAGAAUACACGUUCAAAAGAAUAGCCUCGCAACCUAAUUUGCAUAUGUUACGAGAGGGCUUGAGACUAUUUAUCAGACAUUUUCUUGUGAAAAGCAAAGCUUUGGCAGAGCAAAGAGCAGAUCUUGAAUCUAAAGUUAAAGUAUUAGAGAAAGCAUUAUCGUCUGCUGAAGUCAAAAUGAGGUUGUGAACACACAUGUGAAAUGUGUCAUGUAUUUGUUAAAUAGGUAUAUGAUCCAGAAUAAACCAAAAUGAUUUUUCUAAUACAUAUAAUCUUGCAUUGUAAUACACAUAGCUUGUGCCAUUAAAAGGAAAGUUAUAAAUCUUCUAUUGAUCUCUAACAGUACUGUAUGGUUUUGCUCUGCUUUAUAAUGUCUACCACCAAAAAGUGGUGACAUAU